CAGUCACUCACCGGGACCGGGCAACUGCCAACUAGUGGUUAGUCGUUGCACAGUUAUCACGGUGUGCACGUGAGGGUAGAGUAAAUAAUCGGGAAAAUUAUUUUUGAUUACAUUUUUGUUAUAGUAUCCUUAAUUAUGAAUAAAGACAAUCAACAAAGUGUAUCAUUUGUUUUGCUCACAGCUUUUAUUGCUGUAGCUGUUAUGUUAAUCAUCCUCAAUUAUUGUAUACUUUGUAUAGUUCCAGUUUUGAGUGCAUUAUGGUUAAUAAUCAAUUAUUGGAAUUUCUUGGUCAGAGUUUGGCAAACACUUCCAAGGGACGCAAUAUUAAUCAAAGACUAUUCAACAUAUUUUAUCAAAAUAAGAAUAUGGAAUUUAUUAGGAUGCGACACUUAUGCUAAAAUUUUUAAAAGAAAUGUUGAAAAACAUCCUAAUAAAAUAGCAUUUAAACAUGAAAGUUCGUCAUGGAGAUAUAUUGAAGUAGAACAGCUUAGCAACCAAAUUGCCAAUUAUUUUAAAGAGCAAGGACUUAAACGAGGUGAUAUUGUUGCUUUGUACAUGGAAAGUUGUCCAGAAUAUGUAUGCAUUUGGCUUGGUUUGUCUAAAAUUGGUGUUAUAGUAGCUUUAAUUAAUAAUAAUCUACGUGCUGAUGCAUUGGCACAUUCCAUAAAAGUAUCAAAUUGUUCAGCAGUCAUAAUCGGCAAGGAACAAAUUGAUGCGUUAGCAGAAAUUAUUAAUACAACUACAGAUGAUAAAUUGAAUAAUCUGUUCACUAAAUCAAAUGUAUACAUAAAAAAUUACAUUGACAACACUGCAUUGAUUAACAAGCCAAUAAGUAAAGCUAUUAAUCUCGACUAUGAAUUAAAGGAAAUAUCAAAAAGUGCCCCUGAAAAAGAUAUUUCUGAAGGUAGUUCAAAAGAUCAAAUGCUAUAUAUUUAUACAUCAGGAACGACGGGUAUGCCAAAGGCUGCUAUUAUGACCCAAUCAAGAGCUAUCUAUAUGGCGAUGGGUGCUAAAUACAUAGCUGGAAUAUCUGAACACGACGUUGUGUAUACUCCGUUGCCAUUGUAUCACACUGCUGGCGGUAUCUUGGGUGUUAGUUCUGUCCUUUUAGGAGGUUCAACGUGCGUUAUAAGGUCCAAGUUUUCAGCAUCUAACUAUUGGACUGAUUGCUUAAAAUACGAAUGUACAGUUGCACAAUAUAUUGGUGAAAUGUGUCGUUAUUGUUUGGCUUCACCCCCAUCUGAGGCCGACAAAAAUCAUCAGGUCAGAUUAAUUUUGGGAAAUGGUCUUCGACCUCAGAUAUGGGAAGAUUUUGUUACACGGUUUAAUAUAAAGAAAGUAGCAGAAUUCUAUGGAGCCACAGAGGGAAAUGCUAAUAUGAUGAACACUACAAAUAAAGUCGGUGCUGUGGGAUUUAUCCCAUUUAUUGGAGAACCAUUCUAUCCUGUCACAUUGAUACGUGUUGACCCAGAUACUAAUGAACCUAUUCGAGGAGAAAAUAAUCUUUGUAUUAAAUGUAAAGUUGGAGAGCCUGGAUUAUUGGUUGGAAAAAUAAGAAAAACAACUGAGAAUUCUUUUAGUGGUUAUGUAGAGAAAUCAGCUUCUGAGAAAAAAAUCAUCAAAGAUGUUUUUAGUAAAGGAGACAAAGUAUUCAAUUCUGGUGAUGUGCUAAUUCGGGAUGAACUUAAUUUUUAUUACUUUAAAGACCGCACAGGAGAUACUUUCAGGUGGAAAGGUGAAAAUGUUUCUACAUCAGAAGUGGAGGCUGCUAUUAGUAAUAUAGUUAAAUUAAAAGAUUGCAUCGUUUAUGGAGUAGAAAUACCACAUACUGAAGGAAAAGCUGGAAUGGUCGCCAUUGUAGAUGAAUCUAGUGACUUAGAUUUGGAUAAAUUAUCUGCUGGAAUUAACAAAUCAUUACCAGCCUAUGCACGACCACUAUUUUUGCGAAUUGUUAAGACACCUGUGUCACUAACUGGUACGUUCAAGAUGAAAAAAAAUGAUGUUCAAAACGAUGGAUUUGAUCUAACCAAAGUUGCUGAAGAUCCUUUAUAUUUUAAUGAAGGAAGGAAGUUUGUUCCGCUCACCCAAGAGUUACACGACAGCAUUGUAAAUGGAGCAAAGAGAUUAUAAACUGUUUUAAAACUAUUGUACAUUAAGUAUUGGUUUGAAAGGGAUUUACAUUUAUGUUUUUAGUAAUACUAUGUAUGAUCGAAUUGUUGUUUUCCUAAUUGACUUAGUGAUUUGUAUCAUACAAUACUAAAAAAUAAAACCAAAGACUUUAACAUUUAUUAGGGUAAAAGCUGUGAUUCUUUUUUGUACGUCAACUAUACAAUAAGUUUGGUUUGUUACGAUAUUUGAUCAUUAUGUAUUUUUUAAAUAAAAGUUUAUUGUUAUAAUAA